GCUGGGUCCUCAAGAAUAGAUUAAUGGAUGACAAGAGAAGUCGUGCCGUGAGCGAAGAAUGGAUAGAAUGGAUUUUUAUUGAUGAAUCAAAUACCAUCAAUUCACCUCCAAUUCAGCCUUUAAGUUCUCAUCCAACUCCGGACCCCGAAAUUUUCAAAAAAAUCGUCGUCCCGUUUCCACCAAAGAUAAAUCCGCCGGACUUGAUUCGACGUAAUAAGAAGAACGGUGAACUACUAUCACGCGCCACCAACAAGUUUUUGAUAUAUCGAAAUGAGUUUUCCAAGGAAUUAUCGAAACAACUCGAGUCCUGUGGUUGCAGCAAACUGUCCAUGAGGGACGUAUCGAGAAUGGCAGCGAUGGCAUGGAAAAAUGAGCCGAGGAAGGUGAAGAGGAAGUAUGAGGACAUUGCGAGGGAAGUUGAGACGAUUCAUGUGAAAUUGCUGAUAUCCAGUCCCAGCUAUCAAAGUUGGGGAGAAAACUAUUUGAACAAUCAAAAUGACGUCACCAGCAAGAAGGAUAACGGUUGUGUCGGGUCAACGCCAACGAAUGCUUCUGUGAAGUCAUCCUCGCUGCCUAGCUCCGUCUCUUCGGUGUCCGCACCAUAUCACCAUCACCGCAACAACCCUUCGACGAGCAUCAGGUACACACCAUACGGUCAUGCGCUCGCUCCACACGCCACGGUUCGUUCUCAGCAGCAUGCCAUCACCCCGUCUCCCCAACAAUCGCCUUCUGCCACCGUGCCCUCGAAUUAUCAUCACAGCGAGCACCAUUACACCACGAUGCUACAGCCCCAACCUCCCCAGCAUCACCAGACCUCAAUCGCCGAUUACACGACCCCUCACCAAUCCUCCCUAUACUUCCUGGAAGAUUCGAAUCCAGCUCCAACCCCCGUCCCCAAUUCCGGAUCCAAUCACUCUGGCCACAACAAUCCGCACUUUCUGCCGUACGAAUACUUCCCACAACUGAAUCAGGAGGUUCAUCAGAACAACUCAAGUUCACUGAUGAACAGUUCUCCUUUGAUGCAAAAUCUAAAUUCCUCUUCACUACCGAGAUUCAAUAAUGUGACACUGGGAUUACCGAUGUUGUCAACAUCCGACACAGACGACUCUGGGAUGUUCAGCAAUGAAUCGUCAAUUGGCAAUUCUUUGAGCAAUUCGCCGGUAAAUUUCCCAUGCGAGUUAUCCGAGUGGCAAUAUUAA